AAUUGAAAAGUCAACCGUAAUAUUAGUCCUAAUAUAUAAAUGUAACCUAAAAUCAAAUGAUAUCACUCAUCUUGUUAUCUUCCACCUGAUAUCAGAAACUGAAAGCAUAACAUAUUAUUUGGUAGUUUCCAAUUGAGGCAUAGAGCAGUAAAUAUAAACUCAAAUUACAAAAUGGGAAUACCCAGAGAAUAUCAUGAUCCUCACCAUUUAAAUAAGGUGAUGUUACCAGUAAUAAGAGUAUUAAACCCUAGGACACAUAAUACAUGGGAUGAAGGAAGAUAUACAACAUAUGAUAUAACAAUACAGACUAAACAUCAAGCCUACCAUUUAGAAAGAUCUGUAACAGGCAGAAGAUAUUCAGAAUUUACAUGGCUAAAAAAGACCUUGAAAACACACCACCCUUCCAUAAAACCACAACAAUUUCCACCCAAAAAGUUUUUUGCCAAUAAAUUUGACAGAUGUUUCUUAGAAGAAAGAAGAAAAGAUUUAGAAGAUUAUCUUAACAGAGUACAGACAGAAUGUUUAUAUUUAUCUGAUGUCUCCUAUCAUCUAUUUGUACAAACUGAUCUUACUACAGAAGAUAUAGAUAAUUAUUUACAAGGUAGAAUAUCAGAUGAACAAAUCAACCAAGUCUGGGCUGCAGGUGGCUCAAAUUUAAUACAUUUUAAAAAAUCUGGUUAUCUACCAUCAUCAUCAUCAUGUCCUGAUAAUUUAUAUAGUUAUGGUGAAACUACCCAGACAAAAGAGAAUAAUAAUGAUUUACCACCAUCUUAUAGUAAUGUUAUGAAUUCAUCGACUGAAAAUUCUUCUGAUAACUCGUGUGAAACAAGUCCAGAGGUACUUCCAAAUCUUAACCAACCAAAAACUUUUAAUAAAAGUCGUAGAAGUUCUUUGCCAGCACAAAGUAUGUAUCAAAGAUUACGGUUUAAACAACUGAGCGGUGGAUCUAGUUUCAGUAUUAAUUCUCAGGAGGAGAAUGAAGAUGAAUAGUUUAGCUGUAUAACUUUAGUCAAAGCUAAUAAGUGCUAUAUAGUGUCAAGCCAAGAAAGUGGACUGUAUCUGAAAACAUAAUCAAAACCUUCAAGAAGUAAAUAAUGAAUUAAUAUUCAAAGGUAAUGGGUGGCCUUUAUUUGAGAUGCUACCUUUUCAACUGUUAUGAAGAAUAUACUUCAAUACAUAUAAUACUAUUUAAGAAGACAGUUGUUAAAUGUAUAUAUUUUAUUAUAUUAAAUACUAAACUUUUUGUUU